AAACCACUGCGCCGAGACUGAGCCAUUUUCCUAGCCUUUUAAUGCUAACGCUAUAGCCACUGGAAGUUGUCCAACCCAACAUCCGAUUUCAAACCCGGAAGCGUGAAAAAGGUCUAUUUUGACCCUUAAAAAAAAUCUUUCCUGGUCACGUGACGGAAGGAUAAACCAGAUUAAGGGUUCUCUCUGUCUCUCUCUCUCUCUCUUCCUAUCGCUCUCUGCCUCUCUCUCUCUCUCUGUCUCCGCUCUCACGACUCCACACUCUGUGACAAAAAAAAACAGUUCAAACGUCCACUGGAUGCUGUGCCAGCCGCUUCACCUGUUUCUGACGCCCGUUAGUGAAAGAUGAUUUCGCCGUGGGACCGGUGGUACUCGACGAGCUGCUGCCUCUGCUGCCAUGUACGGACGGGCACCAUUAUUCUGGGAAUAUGGUACAUGAUAAUCAACGCGGUGGUCCUACUCAUCUUGUUGUCAGCUCUCUAUGACCCAGUUCAGUACCGCUAUCACCUUACCAGCUCAGAGUUGGGAACCGACAUCGAUGUCAUGGACGAUGCAAAUAUUUGCAUUGCAACUGCAAUAUCCCUUCUCAUGAUUCUUAUAUGUGGCAUGGCGACAUAUGGUGCUUACAAGCAACACGCUGCUUGGAUCAUUCCAUUCUUCUGCUACCAGAUCUUCGACUUUGCCCUCAACACACUGGUGGCCAUUAGUGUGGUGGUUUAUCCCAACACGGUGCAGGACUACCUUCAACAGCUGCCGGGGACAUUCCCUUACAAGGAGGACAUCAUGUCCACAAACAAUAUGUGCCUAGUCUUUGCAGUCCUGCUCUUCAUUGGCUGCAUCCUUUCCUUCAAGGCCUACCUGAUUGGCUGUGUGUGGAACUGCUACAGAUACGUGAGCGGCAGAGGCACCACAGAAGUCUUGGUUUAUGUCACAACAAACGACACGACGGUCCUGCUGCCGCCGUACGAGGAAGCAGUGACCAUCCCGCCGAAGGACCCCCCUCCUCAGUACAUGGAGGCAUGAGAGACGACCUUGCUGCUGAAUUAGACACCCAAACAAACACCUUCCACAUCUACUUCUCAACAGUAGGAUCCCAACUCAGGCUGCAGUAACAAGUCAAGGCCAUGUUUUUCCCUAGACGCUAGUUUCAGCCUGGAUUCCUCUCAAGUUUAGAUUAGAUGAAACUGACCUUGACGUAACUUUGCUACUUCCUCCACCCCCAGUUUGUUGUGACACAUCGUCUCCUCCAAGGACAGUGUGACCGUUCCCACCAGCGCCCCCUGCAGGCAGCUGCUCUUCCCUGGAGGCAUCUGAACUCUUGGCACUGCCAGAACGCUCUGACCCAACUUUAUUUAAACUCCCCCAAACCCUUCCCCCCUUUUUUUUGUUUGUUUCUUCUCCCGCUUAAAUUAAAAGCUGCACCCGUAGGCCACCAACUGUUAAGCCCCGAUACUGUGAAUCAAACCCUGGUGUCUUUGAAUAGAGACUUAUUACGUGACAAUGGAUGAGAGACAAAGAAGCGUGUGAAAGAAAAACAAUAAAUGUUAUCAGUAAAAUAGCACUUUUAAAACAAAAACAAAAAACAAAACAAGUAGUUUGCAAAUUUUCUUCAAUGAAUGUAAUGUCAGGGUAUUUUUGUAUGACUUUUUCUAUUACGGUGAAAACCGACGGGGGGAAACAUGAGAAGUGUCGUCUGUUCUAACUGAAAUAUUAACUUGUGUCACUCAUCCUGUGGGAAGGUAUGCAGAGAAAAAAAACAACACCUGGACCGAAAAAAAAAAAAAAACAUGUCUUCUAUGUGUUUACCCAUCAGCUACCAGUGGAACCCUCAUCCAAGCCACUGGUUUCUGUCCCAGUAUUCCAGUUUGCCUUCCUGUCUUUUCCUUGAUCUAACAUGGCGUAAGAGCUGUUUACAGUACGACUCCUUGCAGAUCCACAACUGAACAGGGAGCAAGACGGGAACUAAAGUGAGCGCAUGAGGUCAAACGUUGACUGUGCAGUUAUAACGUGACCUUUAGCUAACGUGGCUUAGCCGGACUGAGGGUGUGUUCCCGCAAAGACCGCAUGACUUGCUGCUGCAACUCGCAUCCUUGUAUUUGUUUUCGUGCUGCACAUGUUAUGUAAUUAACCCCCUCAGUGAUUUUCUGCUGCACAUUCUGUGAAACCAUACAGAAUGUUGGCGUCGGCUCAGGAGCAGCGGAUGAAGAUGAAACUGUGGCGACAGACAAUUAGGAGGCAGAAUGGAGAUGUGCAGUAAAUAAUCAAGUAUUUUUGUCCCAGUCAUAUUUAUAAGUGCAUCUCAGUAAGUUAGAAUAUGGUCAAAAAGUUUAUUUUUGUAAUUCGAUAAAAAAAAUAUAUAUAUAUAUGCAUAUAUAUAUAUUUUUUUUUUUUAUUAAAGUGUAGGGUUUUUUGUUAUGACACACAGUCAUGGAGAAGCCUGACAUUUUGUCAAGGUCAGUGCUAAAGAACUGGUUCGUUCACAUAGUGAUUAUUCAAACAUUUUAACAGAAAGUUUAGUGGAAGAAAAAAAAACACAUCUUUAAGGAAAGUCACAUUGAAAUGUUGGGGGAUGACAAUGAAUUAAAGUCCUUAUUUUAUCUUAUAAAAUAUAUAUUUUUUUAAAUUUUGGAGGUUCAUUAGUUAUAACCCAAUCAUUAAAAUGAUCAGAAAUAAACAUUCAAAAUCAUCCAGAAGUUUGACUCUGAAUCAAAUUCCUGCGUUAACUUUUCGGCGAUAUUCUGAUGCGGCGACAUGCACCUGAAUCACACAGGCUGUUCAGCCUCAUUCUGCUCCAUUUCAUACUUGAAUCCUGGUCUUAUUAAUCUCCUCCUGCCAUCUUUAAUCAUAUUUCUAAUCUUCCCCUCUGCUAAUCCUGCAGCACUCAGACUGUAAAUGCACUUUAAAGUCAUCUUCAGCCCGCUGGAAACUGAUGUUUGUGUUUUUGGCUCAUCCUUACCUGACUGUGCUGAUGUGAUCCGGUUUUCCAAACUGUACCAGCUGAUGGUCAGACGUGUCAUGAAUCUGUGCUUGCGUCGUGUGAAAGCAGCAGAACCGGCAAACGUUCAAAUGUAUGUGAACCACUUUGUUUCAGAGGCUGAUGGAUGGAUGAAUUCAUCCUGUCAGGACUUCUGUCUCCCCUUUUGUUGGAUCUGCAUGAGCUCAUGUUUUCAAUUAUAAACAAUAAAACUCUAAAUCAA